ACCGAUAAACAAACGUUACCGGCUGACCACAUAACAACACGGUUCAGAUCACAGCAGGAUAUGAGCAAGUGAGAGUUACCAGGGGAGAUAACAGACAAUAAGGGGACAUAAACAUGUCAGGAAACGUGGAGCUAGGAUCUGGUGAUUGCAGAAUAAAUGAAUUCAGUGACAAAACAAUUUUUGGCAUUCUGUCAAAGUUUCAGUCUAUUGACGAGCAUGAAACGAUCAACACAGUUCAGUUUCUGAGGGCAUGUUCAGAUGUCACUACUAUACUGGAUCGCUUGGGUUCCCAAUUUGCUUUGCCCAAGAAAGACAUGCUAGGAAACAUUAAGAGGAUUGAAGAUCGCUAUCUGACAGAUCCAACCCUUUACUCCUCUUUGAAUGCAAUAAUGGAAAAGGAUUCAAAAGAAGGACAUAAAAACAGUAGCGCGAUUAUUGGAAUUAUUUGGCUGAAAAGGGGCCUGGAGUUUUUGCGUGCUUUCAUCAAAGGCUUGUCCAGAGAUUACCACAACAAAGUGCAGGAAGAGAAUCUGAGGACCACAGUGCUCAAGGCUUACGAGACCACCCUCAAACCUUAUCACGGAGUCAUCUCCAAGUUUUUGUUUUCAAAUUUGACCAGGUUUGUUCCAUACAGAAAAGAUUUCUUGAAGGCUCUUAUAACUGACCCAGAAGGGACAGUGGAAACAUUGUUUAUAGACAUUGACCUCUAUCUGCCCAACUUCUCUGACAAUGUGGACCUAGUUGAAACUCUGCUCAACCUGCAUGGCCUAAACUCACAGGAAACAUCUUAAUAACUUUCAUUUAGAACCUUAGAACCUAUUUAAAAUAAUUUUUUUCAGUUAAGGACCUUACCAUUUGUUUUGAACACCUACUGUUUUCAGCUCAGAAUUAAUCAAUAUUAAAAGUAAAAGUUUUUUAUUAUAUUGGUGGAAAAACAUUUUUUAGUACAACAUUUAAAUGAUAAUAAUCUGUAUUAUUGAAUCCCUUAUUUUCUUUAUUAAGAAAAUCAACUUUAUCUUUAUAUCCACCCUCCACGUAUUUAUUUUUAUAUAACAGUGUUAGUGGAUCAGUUUUUUUUUCAUUUGGUGGAGAAAUCGACAUUUACAUGUAAAACUUUCUUUAAAAACUUUUUAACUUGGAAGAAAAGUUCUCAUAGUGACUGUUGUGAAUAUUUGUAUUAUUUAUCCAGGCUGCUGGCCACAAUUAAUGACAAGCUUUUCACCUUUUAAGUUUACACUGAAAAAUUGACAGUUGAUGACUGAAAAAUUAACUGAAAACUGUUCUCAUACUGUGUUGUUAUUUGUAGGAGUAUUUAAUUAGAAUAACAUCUAGUAAUCAUUUUGGUGUGAUUUCACAUAUUUGUAAUAAUCAUUUGGGUGUGAUUUCACUUUUUUAAAACCCAUAUAACACAUAAUAUGGCAUCCCUCCUAAAAAAAUGUGUCUUAUGGACAAAACUGUGAAUUUGUUUUUAUUUUUUGACCUUUGAAAAAAAAAUAACAUUCCAAAAAUGAUAUACUUUGAUACAUUGAAAUAUUUAUUUUGAAAUAAAUAAUGUCAUAUAUAAGUAGUUUAUUGAGUUUUAGUGAUUUAUGUUGAUUGUUGGUUUUUUUUUUGUUCAUUCAAUAAUAACCAUAGUUUCUUUCAA